AUGCACAUAGAAAAGAAUGUGUUUGAUAAUGUGUCUAAUAUUGUUAUGGAUGUCAAGGGCAAUACUAAGGAUAAUGCAAAGGCAAGAAUAGAUUUAAAAGAAUAUUGUAGACGUCGGGAGCUAGAGCUAGUGGACAGAGACAAUGAAAAUAUAAGAGCGCUUGCACCACACAUGGAUGCCAACGAAGUUGAUAAAAGGAUUGAGGCUGAUUUUCCAAGAUGGUUCAAUGACUAUUGGGUAGUUAUUCAAACCAAGGCAAGGAGAACAGUUGAUGCCCCAACUUCUGAACAACCAGUGCAUGUUUAUCAGGAAGAUGAGGACAUGCUGUUGCAACCUACUGUAGUUGAAAAUGAACAACUCGAUAGCCUACGAGACAAUCUUAAGGCUGAAGAAGUUGAAGAGUACUUCAUUAAUGACACUUUUGUGGUUGAGGAUGGGGAGCCUGAUAAUGAAAAAGAAGAUAAGGACGCAGAUACAACUAAAAAGGAAGAUGAGGAGAAGGAUAUAGAUGAAGAAGAUGACAAGAAGGAUAUAAAUGAAGAAGAUGACGAGAAGGAUAUAUAUGAAGAAGAUGAUGAGGGGAAUACACAUGAAUAA